AUGGUUGUCGCCCUCGAAUCUCCCGAAUCCGCCGAAUUCGCCCGGCAAAAUACCGGCCAAGUUCUUCCGACGACAGGAGCCAUUAUUGGCUGGCAAGGCCAGGCCAGCCGCGGUGGGGAAAAAAAUACAGGCAGCCUCGCGACGCUGAGCCUCCAACUUCUACAACCAGGCAGCCCAUUGAUCAGUUCUCCGCCGGGCCACCCCAUCGCCAUCGCCAGUGACUACAACCAAACUUGUCGGCCUCCUCACGAUGGUACGGGAUCCCGCUUUGCUCUCUCCCCCGUCUCGCUCCAGGAGGGCAUGGCUUCCGAGCCGGAGCCCUGCUUCGAUGCGCCUCCUCAGCAACGGCCCAGCCGCCGGCCAGCCGCUUCUGGGAACCAAGACACUGACGAGAACGAGUUACAGGCGCACCGAUUCGUCGUCACCGCCUUUCUGACAGGCUCCCGGAUUCUCGGCCGGUCCUUCAUGGCGGCCUACAAGCAGGCUCAGGCCGCGUCGCAAUACCAGCGCGCGCAGGCCAAGGCCGGCGGCGGCGCAUCGGCCCGGGCCUCCCUGGCGUCCGGCAUGACGCUGGACGAAGCCUGCAAAAUCCUCAACGUCAAGCCCCCGGCCGGCGGCCAGGCAAACGUCGAGGAAGUCCUGGAGCGGUACAAGCGGCUGUUCGACGCGAACGACCCCCAAAAGGGUGGCAGCUUCUACCUGCAGAGCAAGAUUGUCCGGGCAAAGGAGCGCUUCGAGCGCGAACUGGGGCCGAUACGAGAAAAGGCAGAGCACGAGGCCGAAGUCAAGGAGGGCUGGAAGCCAAAGGUCUACAAGGACAAAUAA